AUGCGUCUGUCAACUCAGGCUCCCGGAUUGAUCCUCCUUGCCGUCGCUUGGACCGCGCACUCCGGAUCCGUGGUCGCUCCCGUAACCUUCGGAUACGCGCCACCUGCGGCCGUUGGCUACGCCGCACCAGCCGCCCGCGUCAGCUACGCUGCCCCAGCCACCGCGGUUGGAUACGCCAGACCAGUAGCCCCAGGGUCUCCAAAGCCAGCUUUUGGCUACGCCGGACCCGCGGCCGUUGGUUACGCUAAACCAGCAGCCGCUCUUGGCUACGUCCCUGCAGGUUUCCCAAAGCCGGUAGCUGCUUUUGGCUACGCCGGGCCCGCGGCCGUCGGUUACGCCAAACCGGUAGCCGCUGUUAGCUACGCCGCACCCGCGGCCGGUUACGCCGUGGCUCCAGCACCGGCGCGCUACGGCCCGGCCCCCGUAGCGUACGCCGCUCCGGCCGCUGUCUCAACAACGUACUCGACGAAGACUGUGCACGGUGCUCCCGUAGCGUACGGCGCUCCGGCCAGAGUGGUGGCUGCUGCUCCGGCUGUUGCUCCAGUUGCCUUUGGUCCGCCCGUUGCCAAGGUGUACGCCGGUCCUGUGGCGACCCCCCUGGUAUACGGAGCUCCCGUUGCAACGGCCGCCAAGGUGGUGGCUGCCCCCGCAGCCGUUCACUACGGCGUCCCUCCGCCGCCCGGAUACGCGGGGCACCCUGGAAAGUACUACGGAUGAAAAGAUCAUGAGCAACUUACCAAGUCAACCAGAUUCCUGAUGUACACAUCUGUCACGCCGAAAGAAAAAGGUCACGCGGUCACAAGAAAAAAAAAAAAAAAAUAAAAAAAAGAAGAAAAUGCUCAGGGUCCACCGCCGAAGGCACUCCCAAAUCCCAACGAACAAACCGCCUCUUUGGAGUGACGCUGCGACGAGACAGCGGACGUUUGAUGACGUCGUUGGCGCAAUAAAUCUUCGUUCAGGA